AUCGAGCCUAACUUUGCAAUGGCAGCUGAUAGGGGGGCCAAACGUGUAUGUUUGAAUGUUUGCUCGUGCACAUGUUAUGAUCUCUAUUAUAAUUAACUCUAGGCCACAACUGACUCUCUCUCUCUGCUAUGGCAGCAGUAGGAGUGUCAGUGUCGGUUCUGAACGUUUAUUUUGCCGUUUAGUUAAUUAAUUCUGAAAAAUACAGAAGAAACUCGGCUUAGUUUGAAAUUAGGAUAUUACUGAAGAUGUUCAGUAUAAGCAGGACGUGUAUGCGUUCAUUUACACACAUACCUGCUCCUAACAGGCUUUCCCUGCUGGACUGCUACUUAGGAUGUUCCCAGAGGGCAGCAGGAAGAUGGACUGGUAUAUCGAGCAGGCGUUGUUUGUCCUCAGUGGAAGGCCAGACUGUCCCGUCUAUGUUGAGACAUCUGACCUCCAAGAUUAAGGCUACUGGACCCAUUACAGUAGCAGAGUACAUGCGAGAAGUUCUCACCAACCCAGUUUCAGGAUAUUAUGUGAAGAAUGAUAUGCUUGGAGCUGAAGGGGAUUUUAUAACAUCACCAGAAAUAAGCCAGAUGUUUGGGGAGCUGAUUGGGAUCUGGUGUGUGAGUGAGUGGAUGGCUGCAGGAAAACCCAAAGCAUUUCAGCUUGUAGAACUUGGGCCAGGAAGAGGGUCUUUGACAAGUGACAUUCUCAGGGUUUUCAGUCAGCUGCAGUCAGCAUUGAAAGGGGCAGCAGUGUCUGUGCACCUGGUUGAGGUCAGCCCAAAGUUAAGCCAGGUCCAGGCUGAAUGUCUGGCCGGAGAUCACACUCAGGUGUGUGUGAGUGAUGAAGAAGGGGUGUACCGUACUGGGACCACACAGUCCGGCCUGCCAGUCUCAUGGUACCACAGGGUAGAGGAUGUUCCCAGAGGGUUCAGUAUAUUCUUGGCCCAUGAGUUUUUUGAUGCUUUGCCAAUUCACAAAUUUCAGAAAACAGAGAAGGGUUGGAGGGAGAUCAUGGUUGAUAUUGACCCAGAAGCUCCAGAGAAGCUGAGAUUUGUGGUUUUUCCUGCUCCUACACUGGCCUCUACUACACUUAUACCAGCAGAUGAGAAGCGAGAGCAUGUGGAGGUUUGCCCAGACAGUGGAGUCAUUGUCCAGAAGCUGGCCAAUCAGAUUGCGGUGGAAGGUGGUGCGGCACUGAUUGCAGAUUACGGACAUGAUGGGACAAAGACAGACACUUUCAGAGGCUUCCGGGGCCAUAAGCUGCACGAUGUUCUGCUGGCCCCUGGCACUGCAGAUCUAACUGCAGACGUGGACUUCAGCUACCUGAGAAGGAUGGCUGGAGAUGAGGUUGUUUGUAUGGGACCUAUCACACAGAGACUCUUCCUGAAGAACAUGGGAAUUGACACACGCUUACAAGUCUUGUUAAGAAACUGCCGUGAUGCUUCUACACAUGCUCAGCUCAUCCAAAGCUACAACAUGCUGAUUAACCCUGAGAAGAUGGGCCACAGGUUCCAGUUUUUCUCUCUGCUCUCCCACAGCCGGAUGGCUGAGCCUCGGGAAGAGGGAGAGGGACUGAAGAGGAGAAAGAAAGGCAGAGUGCCGCUGCCUGUGGCUGGAUUCACUCAUCUGGGACUGCAGUGAGGGAUGCUGAACUCAUGUGUGGGAAGAUGAGUUCAGGCUUAUUCAGAUAUACAAUGGAAAGCAGUAACUGGACAUGUGCUGAGAAAUAACAUUUUCCAUUGACUGACUUCUGUCUCCUAGACUGCAAACAGGUUAUGAAUCUCUGACUUUGGGUUGAAUGUCUAGUUGUUCCCCACAUGACAUUAUGGUGAAUAGAGUGUAAUUACACAUGUGUUCAGUCUCUCAGUAUUUUUGGAGUAAAUUGUGUUUAUUUAAUUAAAAAAAGGUUUUAUAAAGAA